AUGGGUAGUAUGCAAUUGGCUCGACCCAAAUUCGCGAGUAAAACCAGAACGUUAUCAGCUGUUACGAGGAACACGUCAUGCAGUCGCGGAUGGCUUCGUGUGGUGAUGCAAACAAUAUUCGCCGUAAUCACAGUGACUAGUUUCAUCUUAAUAGUCUUAAUGGCAAUACACAACUCCUCACUGUUCCCUGUCGGACGACCAGCCAUCAACUCUCGAUGCCAAAUCCAGAAUUGCAGAGUGGUCUGUAGAGAUGUAACGUAUCUCGUUGAUUAUGGAGACUUGAUUGUUUCAGCGGUGGCAGAAGCCGAGACGAGGUGCUCGAGAAUUAUUUUGGUGAUCAAGAAUUUCAUUUUUCGAAACGCAACUAUGCCCGAGAACUGGUUGUCAAAUAUACGAUCAAAUAUUCAAGAGAUAGCUAUAAUAAGAGGAAACCUCAUGCGCAUCCCGGCAGAUGCAUUCCGAAGCCACUUCGCUAGGAACAUAAGCACUAUUAUACUACAAAGCAUAACGCUAAGAGCAUGGGAAGACGGCAGUCUUGUCGGCUUAGCUAAUUUAGACAAACUGUAUAUCAGGGAUUGUAACAUCAUAGACAUACAACCGAGGGUAUUGAGCGAUGUGGCUCACUCGUUGCAAACGCUUACCAUAACUCAAAGUGGUUUUUGGCAUCCGAACACCAUCACGGGAAAAGAGAACUUGCCUAAAUUAGGUAUAGUAGAUUUUUCUUUUAACCAUUUCAAGGAUGUGUUGAAUAGUAAUAGCUUCAUUGGGCUCGGUAACUGCAGAGUGUUGUACCUAAAUUAUUGUAAAAUCACAAGCAUCGGACCUAACACAUUCGAUCGUUUGUUGAGCAUUGAAUAUAUUUAUCUAAAUAAUAACUAUCUUGUUACUCUACCGACGCAGCUGUUCGAUUCAAUCCUGCAAGUACGACCAAACAUGCGAGUCAAUUUACAGAACAACCAUUGGUACUGUUCUUGUACGAACAAAGACUUAAUGUCGUUGACCAGAAGCGACGUUUUAACAGGCGAUCCAAUUUGUGACCAUCCCUACGAAAUACGCGGCGUAACAUUUUCAGAGUUUUAUGAAAGCUGCCCUGGUCUGGAAGAAGUUCGCAGUUACGAUAUGACCUACUCGAACAGCUCCGUCGUUCACUACACUGUUGCUUAUAACAAUGUACUUGGCAGUGACUUUGUAAACGUUGGCAAACUCAACUACUUAAGUGCGAAAUGGUCGACCGUGGGAAUUCACUUCGAAUUACAUUUAAUUAAGGGUAACGAAUCUUUAAUAUUGGUGAAAAUGGGCAAACUAGCUCUCGCCUUGUUGAGCAGACACUAG